AUGGCGGUCCGUUCCUUUCUAACAAACCAUGUCAGUGUUUAUAUUCUGUUCGUAUCCUUUUACUAUUUCAAUCGUGUCGUUUGCCAGACUAGCUCUAUUUAUCAACUGGACUCCGAAUACUCGGGCAACAACUUCUUUGAUGGAUGGGAUUUUUACACGGGGGGCGAUCCCACCGGUGGAUUUGUUACAUAUUACAGCCGCUCUUCAGCCCAAGGGGCUGGCAUGAUCAACUCCAGUGAUACCUCGCCUGUUUAUAUCGGGACAGACUACACAAGUACCAUCGGUUCGACGGACGCAGCGGGCAGACCCAGUGUUAGGAUCUCCACACAGCGAUCAUGGACCCACGGUUUAUUCAUAGGAGAUUUCAAUCAUGCUCCUGGAGGGAUCUGCGGAACUUGGCCUGCCUUUUGGACACUGGGGCCGAAUUGGCCUAACAACGGAGAAAUUGAUAUCAUGGAAGGUGUUAAUCUUCUCACGCACAAUGGGAUGACACUUCACGCAUCUCCCAAUUGCUCGAUUGCAGGCGACAGCAGGACUAUGACGGGACAGUUACAGACGACCAAUUGUGCCUACUAUGUGAGUAUUCCCGGCUACAACGUAGGCUGUGGAAUCAGUGACAAUCGACCGGCCAGUUUCGGCGCUGGCUUCAAUGCCGUUGGAGGUGGCAUUUAUGCGAUGCAGUGGACGUCGGACUACAUCCGGGUCUGGUUCUUCCAACGGAAUUCUAUCCCGUCCGAUAUAUUAAGCAGAACUCCCAAUCCCGCGAACUGGGGUCUUCCAGCCGCCAACAUGCAAGGUUCUUGUGUUAUCGACGACCAUUUUCAGGCGCACAAGAUUGUUUUGGACAAUACGUUCUGUGGAGAGUAUGCCGGACAGGCAAGUGUGUGGAAUUCAACUACAGGCUCCUGUGCGACGUCCACCGGCUACUCUACUUGCAAGCAAUAUGUUGCUUCUGAACCGGGGGCUUUUCAAGCAUCAUACUGGAGUAUCAAUUCAAUUCGGGUAUACCAGCUUGUCGACCCUACUCCCAAUGCCAGCACAACGGCGACACCCUACAUAGCAAGCGAUCAGCCGACAAGAUCCAGCAUCUCGACAAGCAGUGUCCCUACGUCCGCACCAACAACCUCGCUUUGUCCAACCUACAAUUUCACCGUGGUCCAAACCGCAGGGUUGAAGUAUGAGAUUGAAUGCGGCGUGAACCCAGCCGGAUCCAAUAUCGGUGCUCCUUACCGUGGGUUUGCGGUGAAUUCGUUUGAAGACUGCGUGGCAGGUUGCAGCUACUGGAACAAUAACAUCACGGCCAACAGCUGCGGCGGUGUUACGUAUCAGAUGAGCAACAAGGCGUGCUACUGGAAGAGCAGCAUUUCAAGCAACCCGAUUGACGCACGGUUCAAUGGUGCUCGGUUGAUAUACUAUGCUUAUCCUCAAAUCACCGACAAUCCCAACAUGACCGUCUCAAGCACGAGUACGACGUCGUAUGUGGCCACGACCGUGACGCCGCAGACCUAUGUCAACCCCUCCGCGUCGUCGACUACAUCAUUUGUCCUGAUCACGGGUACUCCGGCGUAUUCCAACACGGAUGGAGUUGACGUCGUCUGCUUCGAGUUCAUCUUCUGUCUCUGCUUCGCCUACGAGUACUUCUUCAUCGUCAUCAACCUUGUCCACAUCUUCAGCGCGGAGCAGCUCAGGAUCAACACGGUCGCCGUCCACCUCAACAACUAG